AUGUCUUCCUUGUUCCUUUCCACUGCCCCUGAUACCUCGCUGCACAUCCGCCUAACGCGGCCCAGCACCACCACCACCAAGCCUCUCAUCAUAUUCCUACACUACUGGGGCGGCUCGUCUUCAACAUGGCACAAACUGACUGCGACCGACUCCAAAACUUCACUAUCCUCCGAGUACCCUACUGCCGCCGUCGACCUUCGAGGAUGGGGCAAGUCCACAGGUCCACAAAAUGAUGACGGCAGCGCAUAUCUUGUCACUGCCAUGGCCAGCGACAUCGCUUCGGUAUUGUCCCAGCUCCAAGCGGAUGACAACAACAAGGACCUUCUAAACGACGGCUUUGUCCUAGUCGGACACUCGAUGGGCGCAAAGGUGGCGCUAGCCACACCCUCUGCAUUGCCGGACCACCUGCUCAAGCAGCUCAAGGGCUUCGUGCUCGUAGCCCCCGCGCCCCCAACGCCCCUUGUACUCCCGCCCGAAAUGAAACAGCAACAGAGGGUUGCCUAUGAGACAGAAGCCUCCGUGCGUUGGACCGUCGAGAACGUCCUCGCCAAUCGCGACCGUCUCUCGGAGGAGGAUAUCGAUGGUAUAGUCCGUGGUAGCCUGAGUGGGAAUGCUCCAGCCAAGGCCGCCUGGCCGGUGUACGGGAUGGAGCAGGACAUCAGCGACCGAGUGCCGGAGAGACUGCGAGAACAUGGUCUCCCGGUUCGCGUCCUGGUUGGGGAGCUGGACGUUGUGGAGCCCAAGGAGAGGGUGCAGACACAGGUCUGCCAUGUCCUGGAGGGUAUGGGCGCGCAUGUUUCGUUCCGCAGUGUGGAGGGCGUCAAGCAUCUGAUUCCCCUGGAAGCCCCCGGGGCGGUGCGUGAUGAGAUUCUUGCUUUUUAG